AUGACGAAUAGCAAAUUAAUAUACGUGCUACUAGUAGCACUUGCAGCACAUGUAAUUAGUGCGAGAGUGAUGUGUCCAAGUCACCCUAACUGCGUUUGCGGCGGCACGUUCGCUGUUGAACUCAAUUGUAACAUCGAUGGACGAACUGUGAAAAUAAAUUUACUACCAAGUACGUACAUUACAAUAAAAUGCGAAAACACAACAAGCCUAGAUUAUAGUAAGCUACCAAAAUGUGCCAACGAACCAAAUAUUUUCAAAUCAGUCAGUUUUAAAGACUGUCCACUACCAGAUACAUCGUUUAAGGACAUAUUAAGUAGAAUUGGAGUAUCGAAAACCAUGUCCCUUAUUUUUCAAAAUGCAAAAAAGCUGUCUGGACACUUUAAUAGAAAGCAUUUUUCUGGUUUACAAGAUUUAACUAAGCUUCUUCUUUCUGUAAAUGGGAUUACGGACCUACCGGAUAAUCUAUUUAUGGAUUUAAAUAAUCUUACAUGGCUUAAUAUACGCUGUAAUAAUAUCAAACUAUCAGAAGAAUUAUUUAAGCCCUUUGAAAGAUUGGAAACUCUUGAAAUAAGUCAUAACCACAUGACGAAUAUGUCAUCAAAUCUUUUUUCACAUUUAUCUUUAUUGAGGAAACUGUCAUUAUGGCAAACCAAUGUUACAUGGUUUUCUAAAGAUUUUUUCACUGGCGUUGACGUUCUUGAAGAAUUAGAUCUAAGUUCUAAUGGACUAAACGAACUUCCGGUGACAAUUUUUAAACCAUUAAGAAAGUUAAAGAAAUUGACGCUCUAUUCGAACAAAUUUUCUACCUUGCCACAAAAUUUAUUCUUGACCAACGAGAAAUUAGAAACUGUUAUAAUACUUAAUAAUGAUGUAAAAAUAAGAGCACUACCAAGAAAUCUUUUUGGAAAUUUGAAAAAUCUGAAACAAGUCUAUGUUCAAAGAAGUGGUAUAGAAACUGUACCGUACGACAUCUUCGUCAAUUCUCCACUCGUAACAAACAUAUCGCUAGCCUAUAAUGACAUAGCAGUAAUCCCGGAAUCAACUUUUAACGAUCAAAUAAAUUUAUUGGAACUUGAUUUGAGUCACAACAACUUAAGGAGCUUACAACCUAAAUUAUUCUCUUCGUUAGUAAGAUUGGAGAUAUUGAAUUUAUGUCAUAAUUCCAUCGAAGAAGUUUCUAGCGCAACAUUUUCGUCACUAUUAAGCCUGAUAUACCUAAACAUGGAGCACAAUAACUUAAAGACCGUAUCAUCUGAUUUAUUCAGUAACAAUAAGCAACGAAUGUCUAUCACGUUCGCUUACAAUCGCCUCGACUUCGAAAAUAAGGAAUUGAAAAAUAAUUCUUGGGCACUGACAAAAGUUUCGCCGUUUGCUCACACGUAUAAUCUUAAAAUGCUUAACUUGAGUCACAAUAAAUUUAAAUUUUCCUUCGAAGAUUGGUGGAUAAACGGUCAUGAAAACUUGGACAUUAGCUUCAACUCCAUUCAGUAUCUGUGGAAUUCGUUAGUAGAUGGAAAAUCGAGUUACGAAGAAUUGCUUAAGAAACCGUUAAAAGAAGUUUGGAUAUCAAAUAAUCCCCUAAAUUGUAGAUGCAAAAACUUUCUUUUCGUCGACUUUCUUAAAAAUAAUUUAAAAUCUAAGGUCAUGGAUGACACAUUAAUUCAUUGUCCAAUCUGGACAAAAGAAUCUUGCUACCUUAGAUUUAUAAUAUUUAUUUCAAUAUUGACUGCGUCAGUUUCACUGUCUACGAUUACUAUUAUUUUGUACUUUGUAUACAAACAGGAAAUUAAUACAAUGAUAAAGAAGCGAUUUCAAUAUUAUGCAAAAUCUGACUGUAAUACCGAUCAAUAUAAAAACGUAAUCAUAAGAUAUUCUGAAAAUGACGAAGAAUUCGUAUUCAAAGAAAUCUUACCGGGACUAAAAAAUUAUAAAAACUUCAAGUUCAACCGAAACUUGUCAAAACCAACUUGUAAAGAGAAUUUUAUUAAACAUUUUACAAACGGGUCGAAAGAAGGUGACACUGUUUUGGUAAUAUUUUCACCGAACUACUUAACGUCGGCUUACAGUCACGUAAACAUAAAGAAAAUUCGAGGCGAAAUGUUGAAAACGAAAAACACGCUUUAUGUAUUCACCGAUAUUGGCCCCGAGAAUUCGAUAUAUGCCUUCCUAAAAGAGCAACGAGAUCAACGAACAGCUAUUUUGUGGAGUGACCCAAAUUUCUGGAAUCUUCUCAUUUCCAUGUUAUCGAAUGGCUAUAAGAAAAAAGUACGAUUUGCCUCUGGUAACGACGUACGAUCAAAACUAAAUACAUCACUUAGUUCAUCGAAAAGCAAGUUGGUAUCAAAUAGUUCGUUUACAAGAUUGCCAGAAUGGCCGGAUAUCUACGCUUCGAGUACAUUUGCACACAGUCAGGUUUAGUUACGUUAUCGUUUCUAGUGAGGUAAAGACUGACUUCUUCGCUAAAAUCAAUAUAAAUCUCACAUUUCGUAGUAUCAAAUCACAAUAUAAUUUUGUUAUGAUAUAAGUAAUUUGUAAAAACGUAAUAUACUAGGAUUGUAAAAGUUGUUGUGUAAAAUUUUUACGAAGAGGUAGCAUAUGUGAAUUUAUCGUACUUUAUUAUUUUUAAAAUAUGUCGUAAUAGUAAGUCCAAAAUACCAAUUUUCUUGUACAAUGGUUUAACCUACCGCUCAUAAUUAACUUCAAAGAAGUAUUACCAUUGCGAUAUAAUCAGUAUUUAAUCCUUACUUUCUAAUUAUUAUGUAAAUAUAUUAUAAGAAUGUAUUAUGUAAACCCAUUUAAGUUUCAAGGAAACUGCAUAUUGUUAAUGAGUUGUAACCUACAGCUUAAAUAAAAUAAAUAAUUUACUUAAA